AUGCAGGAUAUUCUCACAGGAUGUCUGCAAGUGCAGUCGCUUCUAAGCAUGAUGAGCACCCAGGUGUGGUUCCGCUUCUUCAUUGUGAAUUUACUCUCACUACAGCUCUCACUCAGCCAAGAGCUCCAGAGUGAAGAUGACUCCAGCAAUCAGAGCCGUGUACCACUCAAUGUAAUCCCUGGCAGCCAUACACUCAAUCUGUCCCGCAAACUCCUCCAGUUUAUCCAGUCAGAUCUCAAGAACAUGACCCACCUGGAUGCAGUUCUGAAAAAGCAUGUGGGGCCACUCUCUACCUUCCAGAAUCUUGACCUGUCUGGAAAUGGACUUUAUACAGACAUGAUUGACUACCUUCUGAGAAAUGCUCCUGCUCUUACCAACCUCUCUUUAAAUGAAAACAGCAUAACAAAAAUAGGUAAUGGUACAUUCAGUGGUUCCCUGUCCCUAAGAAACAUUGAUUUACAUAACAAUGUCAUUCUAGAGAUCGAGGAGGGCGCAUUUGAUUCUCUGCUAAAUCUCACCGAGCUGGAUUUAUCAGUGAAUUCAAUCUCAUGCAUUACUGACUUUAACCUUUUCCAGCUCAGAUCAUUAAACCUAAGCAAAAAUAGCAUGACCUCCUUCCAGAGCAUUGAUUCGGACCAAGAAUUUGAGUUGCUCUAUCUGGACCUGAGGGAGAAUAAGAUGCACUACUUUCCUGUCCUGCCAAGGAGGAACAAGAUCAUCUAUUUAGACCUUUCACGGAACCAGCUGCAUAGCUUGAACAGCACCGGUCCAGAGGAUGAGCUUCAGUAUCUGAGGGACAUAGAAGAAUUGACCCUUUCUCCACUCCAAAGCAGCAAAACCCACCAAAUUCUUCCAAGCCUUCUGUACUUAGACCUAAGCUAUAACCAGCUCAAGGCUGUGCCUCCUGAUUUCUUCUCCAGCUUGGUGGCUCUGGAGACCCUGAACAUCAGCAAUAACUGUCUGGAUAACUUCAUGGUGGACAGUGAGAGUCCUCUGAAAGCACUGAAGACCCUCGACCUGAGCUUCAACAACCUGCAGAACCUGACCUUUAAGGAAAACACACUUUACGCACUGGAGACACUCUACCUGCAAGGCAACAUUCUCAAGAUCGUGGACUCUGAACUCUUUCAUCUACCCAGGAUCACCAACCUGCAUCUUCAGUUUAAUGAGCUGAGCAUCUGUGGUCCACGUCAAAACCAAACCAGUGGCUGUGUCUCUCUCUUCUCUAUCCCUACCCUGCGAUACGUUUACAUAUCUGAGAAUAAACUGACUUCCUUGCCUGCAUAUGCUUUCCAGGGAAGCCCAUUGCUCAUCCUGGACCUGUCUCUGAAUCCUAACAUGAAAAUCAGUGAACAGGCCUUCUCAGGCUUAGAGAGAUCCCUUGCCCAUCUGUACUUGACAGGAAACCAGCUUGGAAAGCUUAACAUCAGCCUCUCAGCCCUACGCAGCUUGAAGGUGCUGGAUUUACCCAAUAACCAGUUAGAAGGCCUGUUUCUGGGCAACAGAGAUUCUGCCAUUGAGGUUCUGAAUCUGCAGAACAAUAAAGUCCAGGUUCUAGAUGCUUCCACAGUAAUGGCACUUGAGAAGACUCUCAAAACUCUGUAUCUUGCUUCAAAUCCACUCUUUUGUUGUGAAAACAUGCAUCUGAUCAGCUUGGUGCAGCAAGCCCAUAUAGACAUUGACAAUGCCAUGUGCCAGUACACAAGGGAUGUUGGGUAUGGGGAAGUCAGCCUCAGAGAUGUGAAACCUGAACACUGUGAAACUCUGAACAGCAAAGUGCUUGUAAUUGCCAUGAUUGCUGUACUGGUUUUGGGGCUGACAAUUGUUUUGCUGGUGGCCAUAAAGUUGUGCCAUUCAAGAAGUUAUAGAUUCGGCAACAGUUACAAGGCUUAAAAUAUUCUAGAAGAAGAAGAAAAGUAUGUUUAUCAGAGGUCAAGUAUUGACCUACAAGACAAAACCCUUCAUCUGCAUGACUUAAACAGUUCACCUCCAUCAGGUAGAAUAGCUUAAUUAUAAAGACUGAGAAGCAAGACCUUACAUGGAAGCAUGGACUGGUAAAAAUGUGACUGGUAUCACAUGAGUUCAGCAGAAAGGCCCUCCACAGUGAGGUACUGAAAAUAUGUUAUAUGUGUGAUGGGGAAAUGGCUAAAAUGGUUUUACCAGGUUGAAACACUAUACACUAUACUAAGGCUGUAAGCAGAAAUGUGCAAUGUUACAGCAAAACAGAAAAACAAAUUUGACCAGACACAUAAGCCCAAGCUAAUUGCCUCAAGACAGUGUCUAUAUAGGGGAAGGAGCAUGAAGAUCAGCACAAAUUAAGCAAGAAACCAUCACGCUUACUUAAUGUAACAAUGACAGACAGUGGCGAUAUGAAGGAUCAUCAUUACUGAGUGUGACUUUGGUUUGUAGACCUAUUGAAGACGUCCUUAUUUUAAUGGCAGUACUGUAAUUUUGGAUGGUCACUACAUUUCCCCAGGGUUGUCUAACAACUAUUAUUUUGCACUUUAAAGACUGUGAUAUAUAAAUAUGAAAGACGUGUGAAAUGCAAUGUACUUAAUACUGUACUUAAGCAUAACCAAACCCAUCAAACACUAUAAAGGAUGCACCUACUACUACAGUUCAGUAGGGGUACAGCCAAAUAAGAUCCAUGCCACUCACGAUUGAAUUGAUUGGAGUUAGUGUAUGUUAACCAGCUAACCUCUGCCAUCAUCUUUAAGGCUAGUGGCAUUGAUGACUUUAGUGAACUUAUAAACUUAACACAUUAAGUUGACUUCCUAACAAGGAAAUCCAGCCUUGUAAAAUGCCCCUCUGGUAUGAUUUGAAGGGUAGUGGCACGGGAGUCAUGGGACAAGACCAUGUGAAGUGUGGGUGUGUGUGAGAUAUGAUUUGUGUGAGCCACAACAGAGGAAGUGUUGCUGUCCGGACACCUGCAGCAUGUUUUCACAGCUUUAGGGCUGCCACAGUUACCUUUCCUGUUAUGGUCUUCACAACUCUAAAUCCGAAUAAGAUGUUUUUGUUACUUAGCCAAAAUGUAGCUGUUUGCUGAUGGAAUAUAGUCAUUUUAUUUACAUGUUCAGAAAUCUAAAGGAUGUAUACUAUUCCUUCAAGGUAUCUGAGUAUCAGAUUUAAGGUCGCAUCAGUAUCCAUUCAGCUUAUUUUAUUAAUAGAUUGCAGGGUGGAAGCUGUUUAAACUUGCUGUCUAUACCAGGAUCUGGCAAGACUGAAAUAGACAGGAGGAAAUCCCUGUGUGUUUGAACGUGUCAUCUCUUUGGGUAUAAAUAGAAGUUCAUUUCAUCAAUUGUUGACGCUGUAAUGAUAAGAUAUUUCCUCUUAUGUAUUUCAUGGUCACUACCACUUCUUGUUUAACAUCCUACGCAAUCUUCACCAGCCGAAACUAGCAGUGAUCACAUACACAAACCUACACUGCUCUGUUGAGUCUCCUGUUUCGUUCCACUAAAUAUUUAAGCUUUAUGAAGGAAUUCUAAUUUAAAAAAAAUGUAUGAAGAAUGCAAAUGAGCGCAUAUAUAUAUAUAUAUAUAUAAAUAAUGUAUUUAUGAACAUCCUUUUUUCUUUUGUUUGUUAAAUAAAUGAUGUAUUGCAUAAAUGUUGUAUGUUUCAAUGAGAUGUAAACAUGUAAAUAUGUAUGUUUCGAAUGUUGUAAU